UGAGGGUGGGUGUGGAGGGGUCCUUGGUCCGGGCUCAGGGGAGGCGGAAGAUCCCUGGUCCACACCUUGGCAGACUGGGGGGCGCUGAGGUCCGGCGGUGUGGCGUGGAGUGGCCGGGCGUAGUCGGGGUAGAGGAUCUCAGCCUGGGCUAGGGGGCGGCGAACUUUUUCAGAGAGGUCUGAGGAGGCGACCGGGUGUUCACAGUUUCUCUUGGGAUAGCACGGAGGGAGGGGUUCUGGGGAGCCCCCAAUGGCUUUCUUGCCAGGAGCGGUCAGAGGGGACAUACAGAGGGGUUGACCGUGGCUGGAACAGGUGCAUGGCGAGGCGAGGGGCAUGAGGAGGUGGGGAGCGUGAGGGUCCUGCCUCUCCGAGACCGGGACCAGGUGAGGGUCCAGUAAGACUGCUGGAGGGCAAUCAGGCCCCUGUUGGAUUUAGGUCCGUUUCACUUUGCACGUUCUGGGUGUGAGAAUUUAAGAACCUGCAGCGCUCCAAGGAACUGCAGUAGUGCUGUCACCCCUCGGUCUUCUCUCCCCAAGCCCCUACUUGCUUCACCCUCCUUUUCCACCGGUCCCAGGCCCUGUGGAAGGAAAUGCUUUUGCCCUCUCCCAUGGCCUCUGGAACUGCUGGAAACCUUUCCUCUAACCAGAAAGCUUCCCUACCGUUACUCACCAAGGAUUCUUGGCUUGGAGCCUUUCUCCUUUCUCCCAAAUCUUUCCCCGUGCACUUCCCCGCCUGGGGUCUCCUGAAGCAGGACCAGGUGUUCCUAGCUCUGCUGUCUGCAGUUGUCUCCUGCUUGUACUCAUGGCAACGUCAGCUACCAGACCCGGUUCACCUCUCCGGGCUGAGGAUCUUCUGAGUGAUCCAUCCGACGUCCCUGGGCUGAACCAAGUAUCCUCUGAGGUGACCUCCCAGCUCUAUGCCUCCUUGCACCUCAGUCGUCAGGCGGAGGCGACAGCCCGAGCCCAGCUGUAUCUCCCCACCGCCUCCCCACCUCCUCAUGAAAUGUUAGAUGGCUUGGCCCAAGAGCUGAGUCACAGCUUGUCGGUUGGAUUGGAGAACAAUUUGAAGAAACAGGUGAGAGAGGAUGGUUCCAGGCAUAUCUUUGAGAUGGAAAGUGUUCGAGGUCAACUCCAGAGCAUGCUCCAAACCUCACGUGUUACAGCCUAUCGGGAUCCCAUCACUCCAGGUCCUGGCUCAGAAAGGCGAGAAGAGGACUCCUUUGACAGUGACAGCACAGCCACCUUGCUUAACACUCGGCCCCUGCAAGACUUAUCUCCAUCUAGCUCAGCUCAAGCCCUGGAGGAGUUGUUUCCCCGCUACACCAGUCUUCGGCCAGGGCCCCCACUCAAUCCUCCGGAUCUCCAGGGCCUGAGAGAUGCACUGGAUUCCGAGCAUACCCGUCGCAAGCAUUGUGAGCACCAUAUUCAGAGCCUACAGACCCGAGUGCUAGAGCUUCAACAACAGUUAGCUGUGGCUGUGACUGCUGACCGCAAGAAAGAUAUCAUGAUCGAACAAUUGGACAAGACCCUGGCCCGUGUCGUGGAAGGCUGGAACCGUCACGAAGCUGAGCGGGCAGAGGUGCUUCGGGGGCUCCAGGAGGAACGCCAGGCAGCUGAAAUCACCAGAAGCAAGCAGCAGGAGACAGUAACCCACCUUGAGCAAAGCCUUUCCGAGGCUGUGGAGGCCCUGAAUCGUGAGCAGGAAAGUGCCAGACUGCAACAGCGGGAAAAAGAGACGCUGGAGGAGGAGAGGCAAGCUCUGAGCCUGAGCUUGGAGCUGGAGCAGCAGCGGUGCCGGUCUCUGCAGGAGGAACGGGACGAGGCUCGGGCUGGGCAGCUCAGUGAGCAUCGACAGUUGGAGACCCUGAAGCUGGCUCUCGAGGAGGAGCGGCAGGCCUGGGUUCAGCAAGAGCGCCAGAUGGAGGGGCGCUAUGGGGCCCUGCAGGAGGAGGUGCAGGCUCAGUUAGAAAAGGAGAAGGAGAACACCCAGAGGGAGGCCCAGGCAGCGCGGGAGGCCCAGAAGCAGCUAGUGCUGGUGCAGUCAGAGGUGCGACGGCUAGAGGGGGAACUGGAUACAGCUCAGAGAGAGAGAGACGCCCUGCAGCUGGAAAUGAGCUUGGUGCAGGCCCGGUACGAGAGCCAGCGGAUCCAGAUGGAGUCAGAGCUGGCUGUGCAACUGGAGCAGCGGGUGACAGAGCGGCUGGCCCAGGCUCAGGAGAGCAGCCUGCGGCAAGCAGCCUCCCUGCGGGAGCAUCACAGGAAGCAGCUGCAGGACCUGAACGGACAACACCAGCAGGAACUGUCCACCCAGUUGGCCCAGUUUAAGGUGGAGAUGGCUGAGCGAGAGGAAAGGCAGCAGCAGGUGGCCCAGGAGUAUGAGCUCAGACUGGCCCGGGAGCAAGCACGUGUGCGGGACCUGCAGAGUGGACAGCAGCAGCUAGAGGAACAGCGGGCAGAGCUGGUGGAGCGGCUCCAGGCCAUGCUGCACGCCCACUGGGAGGAGGCCAACCAGCUGCUCAGCGCCACCACCUUGCCUCCUAACCCCCCGGUUCCGACCACCAGCCCUGCCAGCCCUGGGCCGCAGGACCUAGAGAAGGGGGAGAGGAAGCUCUGGACUCUGCCUCCCGUGGCCGUGGCCCUGAAACCCGUACUGCAGCAGAGCCGGGAAGCUGGCGAAGAGUUGCCUGGAGGGCCACAGGUUCUUUGCAGCUCCUCCCCAGAUCUCAGCCUCCUGCUGGGCCCCACUUUCCAGAGCCAACACGCCUUCCAGCCCCUGGAGCCAAAGCCAGGCCUCACCUCAUCUUCUGCUGGGGCCUUCCACCCUGACCACAGGCCCGAGCGGCUAUUCCCUGAGGAAGAUCCUGGAUCUGACGGGGAAAGCUUCCUAAAGCAGGGGCUGCCGCCCCCUACCCAGCUCGAGGGCUUCAAGCAUUUUUUGCACCAGCUCCUGGAGACGGUACCCCAGAACAGCGAGGGCCCCCCUGUUGAUCUGCCCCCUAAGUCUGGUCUGGCUGUCCCAUCCUGGGAGGAAGCCCCGCCAGUGCCGCACCUCCCACCCCCUGUUCAUAAAACAAAAGUGCCCCUAGCCAUGGCGUCUAGUCUUUUUCGGGGGCAUGAGCUUCCGUCAAGCCACUCCCAGAGCAGCGGUCCCAGUGGCGGCUCCUCAGAGAGGGGUGGAAAUGGGCCAGCCCCCACAGGACAGCUGAUGGAUGUGUCUCAGCUGCUGCGACUGUACCAGGCACGGGGCUGGGGGGCACUGCCUGCCGAGGACCUGCUGCUCUACCUGAAGAGGCAGGACCAGGGCAGGAUGGACGGCCAAGGGGAUAAUGUCCCCAGAAGGAACACAGACUCCCGCUUGGGUGAGAUCCCCCGGAAAGAGAUCCCCUCCCAGGUGCUCCCUCGCCGCCUGGCUCCAGCCCCUAAGACUGAAAAACCUCCAGCUCGCAGGAAAGGUGGGCACUCUGGCCCCAGUAGCACCAGAAGUCGAGGUGGCAUCUGGAGAUGAGCCCCCUUUGCCCUUCCUACUCUUUUUCUUUUCUUUUUUUUUCUACUCUUUUUCUUUUAAUAAAUACUCGAGAAUCUGUGUUCAAGUCUCUGACUCCUAGGAAUCUGAAAAAAUGGAGAUUUUUCUAGGAAACGACUUUGAAAAGAAACCUCAUUCUGUUUUGAGUAUGGUUUUUUUUAUAUGUUUUGUGUUCCUGUUUUUUAUUCUGUGGAAAAGACAUGAAUGCUUCGAAGAAAAGACCGCCCCUGGCUAGGUUUUGAAGAAAAGACCACCCCUGGCUAGGUUUGAGUAGUUCCACUGAGCUAAGGUUCAGUGUUUCAAGAGUAGAGCACACAGUGAUUAGCUGUGGUUGGUGGAGGAAUUAUGGAUGAUCCUAAUUUUCUUCAUACACUUCUGUAUUUCCACAUUUUCUAAAACAAGUAUGUAUUACUUAAUAAUUGGAAAAAAUCCUGUAAUAAAAGAUAAAUUAUUGUA